CACUAAGGCAACGGCACACCUUGUGGUUGUUGUCAAUUUCCCCCCCUUAGCUAGCCAGAACAAGUUAAGAGCUAUCAUGUAGUUUAAUACUUAUAAUAUUUAGCUUUACAACAAUAACGAAAAGGUCAAAAUGUCGGAUAUAUUAUGCAGGUGGCUUAACGUAGAGCUCCGGCUAUCAAAAACUGUUGACCCCAGGUCCAUUUCUAAGGAUUUUGCAAAUGGCUAUCUUAUUGGAGAGGUCCUGCAUAAAUAUCAACUGCAGGGGGAUUUUGACCUGUUCUUAAAGAGCAACACUGCAAACUCAAAGCUGAAUAACUUCACACUCAUGGAACCCACAUUGCAACUGCUCGGAGUUUCCUUCGACCUGAGCAUGGCCCAAGCAGUGAUGCGGGAGCAGCACGGUGCUGCCACACGGCUGCUUUAUCAGCUCUUCAUACUGCUGCAGAAGAAGAGGAAAGCCGGCCUGACAGGCACAGCUAUGGAGGCUAUGCAGCCAGCUGCCACAGCAUUCCUCCACCGUGUUGAGAAUGACAUCUACUCUGAGCGCCUGAGGACAGUCGUCAAGAGAGAGGCUGAUCUGAAACUCCAAAAAAUCGCUCUGAAGUACGAAAUCAAAGGUCGAGAGAUAUAUGACAAGUCUGUCAUGGCCCACUUUGUGGAGGAGCAGAGACGGCAGAAAGUACAGGAAGAGAUGAGACUCCAGGACAUUGAAAAGCACCGACAUGCACGCAGAAAGCAACAUGAGAUGAUGACUCGAAUUCAGACUGCCAUCAUCCAAAUUCCCAAACCCCCGCCCAACCGGACAUUGAAGGCCCUGGAAAAACAACAACAGAACCGGAAGAAGCAGGAGGCUCAGAAGGUUCACAUGGAAAUCGCCCAGUUUGAGAAGAACAGAAAGAAGUUGUCACCUGCUGGCGGCUUUGGCACCUCUUCUUUGAGUGCCCAGCACAUGUCCGCUUUCCACGGGGAGGCCCCCAGAAACCAUGGCUCCCAGUUGCAGAGGCCUGAGGAGCUGGCUCAGGCCAACAGCGAGUACAUCCAGAAAAUCCGCCAGAGGUUGGAGGAGGAUGCAACAGCUCGUCAGCAGAGGGAGAAACGCCGCCGUCACGUCCUAGUGGAACAACUGAAAGCCCACGAGGCCCAAGAGGAGGCCCUUCGAGAGGAGCAGCUGGUGGAGCGUCUGACCCGUCAGUCCCAGCUGGAGAGACGCCUGGCCGUCCAGCUCAUGCAGCUCCGCCAGCAGAAGGAUGUUCUCCGACAGAACCGAGUGUUCCGCGAGAGACAGUACCAAGAGCAACGGCUGAGGGAUUUCCAAGAGGCCUUGGAGAGGGAGGCGGCUCUAGCACGCCAGGCCAGUUUGGAUCACGCCGAGGAAACUCGGAAGGAGAUUGAGGUACAUGACAGGAUAGCGACGGAGCGCGCCCAGGCUCGCUACAGGAAGCACUCUGCCAGCUGCCGAGAAAUACUGGAGCAAAUAGUGGACCUGGCCACGAAAGCUGGAGAGUACCGCCUCCUCACUGGAAAUCUUAUCCCUGGGAAGUUGAUGCGGGAAUGGAAGGAGCUCAUGUUUUGCGGGAAGCCCCUGUAUGACAGUGGCAGUCUGGAGGAGCUACCUGCCGACCCCACCCCAGAGCAGUUCAUUGAGGUUGAGAAACAGGAGAUCCUUAACAACCAGGACUAUGAUGAGUAUGUGAGCAUGACUGGUGAGUGGACCUGGCCAGAGGAGGGGGAGACAAAGCCCCCCCCAUCCAACAACAAUAUCCUGGGACAUGUGGUGCUCCGCCUGCAGACUAUUGUGAACCCCCCCAAACCAGACACCCUUCCUCCCUUCUUUCCUCGGUUCACACUGAAAGCCUGUGUGCUAGGGAAGCAUUUCUCCGGGAAGACCACAUGCUUAACCAGGAUUGCCAAAGUCCAUCACAUCCACAUCCUGUCAGCUAAUGUUCUGAUCCAGGAGGCCCUGGCUGCACAUCAGCUUGGAAAGCUUGGACGUGAGAGCCCAGAGAGCUGUGAAACAUUGGCCACUAAAGACAUCGACCAGGUGGAGAUGGAUACUGAGAUGGAGGAGGAGUCGUCACAGGGUUCAGGCCCACUCGCUCAGGAGCCUCAGCAGCAAGGAGCCAAGAAAAAACCCAAGCUCUCUGUGAGGGCCCAGCAUGGAGCAGCAGUGGAAAAGUUUCUCAGAAAAGGGAGAUCUGUCCCAGACGAGCUCCUUGUGGACAUUGCAGUUGAAGCUAUCAGGGCAAUCCCAGCAGACUCCGGCUGGAUUCUGGACGGCUUCCCGGUCGAUCUGACCCAGGCCAAGCUUCUGGAGAAGGCCCUGGGGGGCUCGGACACUGGGAAGGAGAGGAAGAAAAGGAACAAGCGGUCCAACCUGUCUGUGGAUAGCAACGCGCCUAAGGAGCCCCCUCCUCCUUCUCCUGUGCUGGACCUCGCUCUGCUGCUUGACGUGUCUGAUGACCACGUUUUGGACAGGGCGGCCAAGCAGGCCUAUGAGGAGGAGAGCUCUGGCCUGGCCGGGGCUGGUGAGGAGAGCUGUGCCCCUGCUAGAGAGCACAACGUUGUCAUCGCCAGGGACAAGAGCCUGGAGAAGAGACAGAUCCAGCACAGGAUCACAGCCUUCCAGGAUACCUGGCCCAAGCUGGAGAAGUGGUUCUCUGGUAAACAGAGCAUUCUGAUGAGACUGAAUGCUGAGAUGUCGGAGGACAUGCUCUUUAGAAAAGUGGAAUCCAUCCUGUACCAGGUCAUGAUGCAGUCGGAAAAAGGUGAGGGAGUUGUUUUGGACAGUGGGAAGGCACCAGCGGUCUCAACUGCUCUCGUCCAGGUAACUCCGGUUGCGGUCCCAGCUCCCGCUGAGUCCACCUCCACCCUCACCCAGGAGGGCCUGACUCCACCUGUGAAAUGCUCCAGCUCCAAGUCCAACUCUUGCUCCCCCAAAGGAGGAGCCGUGGGGCAUUCUAGAAGGUUGUCCAUAGCCUCCUCCUUUGAGAAUGCCCAUGGUGUGACCAGCUCUACAGAGCCCCUAGCUCCCACCUCUGGUACUGCACACUGGGUGUAUGUGGACGAGCCCCUUCCCAAGGAGAUACCAGAGUACCUGGUUCCAUACUGGGAGAACGUGUGUAACUCCUAUGUGACUAACAUCAAGGCUGUGUUGCAGAACCUGCGCACAGAACGUAUCUUGAUCAUUCACCAUCUGUUUAACAUCAGAGAGGAGUUUAAGCAGUACCUCCGACGGCCCGACCUGAAGCAAGAGUUUGUGUCCCAGUGGCAGCAGAACUAUAACAGCAUCCCCAAGGACAUGAGAGAUGACGAGGAGACCAAGGCAGAGCUGCACCAGCGUCUGGAUGACCUGCGCGAGCGUCUGUGGGACAUCUGUGAUAAGCGUAAGGAAGAAGCGGGGCAGGAGCGGGCGGCGAUCAUGUGCGACGGCUGGCUGGAAGACCACACGGCGGUGCUCAUCAACCAUUUCUCCACACUAAUGCAGGUGGAAGUGGACCGAUUCCAGGACUCUCUACGUCUCCUGCGGGAUUACUACACAGGCAUGUACAAACAGGUGCUGCCUGAGGCGGGGCCAGAAUUCACCUGUAUUCCACUGCUAGACAUCGUGGCGCUGGAGGAGCCAGGAACCCAGACUGACAAAUCCAAGAGUUCUGAAAGAGUCACCAAGAGUGCUGGUAAAAGAGACUGUGAAGGAGACGAGAAGAAGAAAACCAAAGUUGUUCCACUGAUUCCCCGCAGACCUCCCUCUACCGAAGUGGCCUCUAUGAAACAGAAAGGCUUCCAGGAUCCCGACGAGAAGCUGCUGCACGACAUCUAUCAGACUGCUCUGACAGCCAUCAACAACAUGGUGUCAGUGGAGGCGGCUCAACGCGAGGCAGAGGAGAAUGAGGAGGCUCAGCAGCAGAUGGAUAGAGAACGGCUACAGAGAAUGUCCCAAGCCUCCGCUGCAGCUGCCGCAGCCAACUCUGGCAAGGACAAGAAGAAAGCUGGCACAAAGAAGAAAGGCCCUCCCUCCCCUGCUCAGGAGCCCAGCCCACCCCCUGCCCCAGAGGAAGAUUCAGAGGAGGUCUGCAAGAGGGCCAUACGGAACAAAAUCAGACAGGAGUAUGCUGCAGCUCUUGACCAUGAAGACAGUGCAGUGAAGGUGCGUGUGGAGCUGGUCAAGGCCUGUGCUCUGUGCAUGGUGAGGGUCCUGCACAGACAGGCAGAGCAGGCCUUCAGGACCAUGGAGGAGUGGCUGGGAGCCCGCUUCCUGUCUGAGAUGAACAGCAUUGACCAGCUGGCUGAGGUGGUGCGUCACCACAUCGAGUCGGCCGCCAAGCUCCAGAGUGAGCUGAUGCUGGUAUGCACAGACUUCUUCCUGAACGGAGACAUGCGGGUUGUUGUCAGUCCCCCUAACCCUCCCCGCCCCGCCCCUUUGGAGCUUCCCACAGACAGCACUCUCACCAUCCUUCAGUUGGAGGCCUUCUACCGCCAGCUACGCAAGGUGGCGCCCACAGGUGUGCAGUGCAGUACUGACUUCUGGGAGAUCCUGCAGGAGAUCACCUCUCUGAACAUGGGGACCAACGCACUGCCAGACCCCUGGAUGCACAUCUCAGAGUCUCAGCUGGUGGAGCUGGUGUCGAUGCUAACCCAGAACACAGAGAUGCUGGACUGGCGUCAGUUCCUGCUGAGUGCCGCCCUCCCCUGGCCCACCCCUACUCUGCCUCAGCUGCUGCAAGUGUUGGCCCGCUUCAAGAUGGAGGACGCUGGGGCCACCGGGUCUUUGACUGAGGAGCAGUACUUAAAGGUUGAGUUGUGGUUCCCCAGUGAGCGGGCACUGUCCAUUCCCGAAGACCUGUCUGAGCCACUUCCUUACGAUCGCUUGGCUAAUCUACGGAAGUUUUUCUUCCUGCUUUUCGCCGACCCCGAUUGCUCGCCAGCUCGUGUCGACUACGUGACCAUGCUGCUGUACUUCGCCGCCCACCCUGACCCUACGCAGGGCUUUGUCCGAGCUCUCAGUGUCGUCAUGGGACAGCCGCUUCGACACCAGUCUAGCAGUAGACUUCUCAAGUCGGUGCCUUACAUGGAGGAGGGGCUGAGUGAGUCGACCGAGCUCGAGGAGGAGGUGGAGCCUCAGGGGGGGCCAAGAGGGGAGGAGGGGGUGUCCAUCCCUGCCCUCCUCCGAGUUAUCUGUCACGGGGGAGCCUGGGGGGCAUGCCAGAACCGCUUCCAUCCCAACGGGAAGAGUCCUGAUGAAUAUAGAGAGGACUUUGUGAAGGUCUACAGAGAACUGGGGUACAAGGUUGAGGACAAGAUUCCAUUCUCCAUCCUAUCCCAGCAUCCGGUCAUACAAGAUCUGAUCGAGGGCUCUGCUCAAUACCAACUCAUUGAUAUUCACCGAGCUCUGCAGGUCCAACAGAGCGAAGGGGAGCCUCUGUCUUUGAUGGUGUCUUAAGACCUAAUACCUAAUACCUAAUAUAUCACGCAGUUAACUCUCACAAGCCAACCUGAGAUUCCCAUCCACUUAGAAAUGCAGUUGAUUUAAAAAUAAGUCUGCAAAUGAUACAGUGCAUUAUAAAGUAAAAUAAUUUGAAUUAAUUAUUUCAAAAUGUUAACCUUCAGUUUAUGAAUUACAUGCCUCUUUCCUGAAGUAAAGUGUUAUUAAAAUCACAAA